CCCCAGAUUCGAUGUUGAAUUCGACGUUUUUCUCCUCCCAAACCACACCAACCCUCCUCUCCGUUUCCAUUACUGCCAUUCAAUUCCUCUUUGGUCUCGGUCCCGGAGUCUCUCAGUCCUCAUAAUCAGCCCAUUAUGCAGCGUGCUCUGUCAUCCCGAGCAAGGGCCUCGGUCCUCUCGUCUGCUGCUGCUUCUAAGUUUAGGCCUGGUGCAGGUCUUUCGCAACAGCUUCGAUUUGCGCACAAGGAAUUGAAGUUCGGUGUCGAAGCGCGCGCCUCGCUAUUGGCCGGCGUUGAGACUUUGGCCAAAGCUGUUGCCACAACACUCGGCCCCAAAGGACGAAAUGUCCUCAUUGAGUCAAGUUAUGGCUCACCUAAGAUUACAAAGGACGGUGUCACGGUUGCACGAGCAAUCAGCUUACAGGACAAGUUUGAAAACCUCGGUGCCAAGUUGUUACAAGACGUUGCAUCGAAAACGAACGAAUCUGCCGGUGAUGGCACCACCAGUGCUACAGUCCUCGCACGAGCUAUCUUCUCAGAGACCGUUAAGAAUGUGGCUGCAGGAUGCAAUCCCAUGGACUUGCGCCGCGGCACUCAAGCGGCCGUCGAGGCUGUGGUCGAGUAUCUACAGAAGAACAAGAGAGUCAUCACGACCAGCGCUGAGAUUGCCCAGGUUGCUACCAUCAGUGCCAAUGGCGAUACUCACAUCGGUAAGCUGAUCGCCAACGCCAUGGAGAAGGUCGGCAAGGAGGGUGUCAUUACAGUUAAGGAGGGCAAGACCAUGAGUGAUGAGUUAGAGGUUACUGAGGGCAUGCGCUUCGACCGUGGCUUUGUGUCACCAUACUUCAUCACAGACGCCAAGUCGCAAAAGGUCGAGUUUGAAAAGCCCUUGAUUCUCCUGUCCGAGAAGAAGAUCUCUGCCGUCCAAGACAUCAUUCCAGCUCUCGAGGCCUCUACCCAACUGCGACGGCCUCUGGUCAUCAUUGCUGAGGAUAUUGACGGCGAGGCUCUGGCGGUCUGCAUUCUGAACAAGCUCCGCGGACAGCUGCAAGUUGCCGCUGUGAAGGCUCCCGGAUUUGGUGACAACCGAAAGUCCAUCCUCGGCGACAUCGCUGUCCUUACAAACGGCACCGUUUUUACAGAUGAGUUGGACAUCAAGCUCGAGAAGGCCACUCCCGACAUGCUUGGCACGACCGGCUCUAUUACUAUCACCAAGGAGGACACCAUCAUUCUUAACGGAGAGGGAAGCAAAGAUUCUAUUGCGCAGCGUUGUGAGCAGAUCCGCGGUGUUAUGAGCGACCCUACCACAUCAGACUACGAGAAGGAAAAGCUCCAAGAGCGUCUGGCCAAGCUGUCUGGUGGUGUUGCCGUCAUCAAAGUCGGUGGCUCCUCUGAAGUCGAGGUCGGCGAGAAGAAGGACCGCUUUGUGGAUGCUCUGAACGCCACCCGUGCUGCUGUCGAGGAAGGUAUCCUGCCUGGUGGUGGCACAGCUCUCCUCAAGGCGGCUAGCAACGCCCUCAAGGACAUCAAGUCUGCCAACUUUGACCAACAGCUCGGUGUCAGCAUCGUCAAGAACGCCAUCACCCGCCCCGCAAGGACCAUUGUUGAGAACGCCGGCCUUGAAGGCUCAGUUGUUGUGGGCAAGCUUAUGGACGAGUUCGGCAACGACUUCCACAAGGGCUUCGACAGCGCUAAGGGCGAGUACGUGGACAUGAUCGAGGCCGGUAUCCUUGACCCUCUCAAGGUUGUCCGCACCGGCCUUGUCGAUGCGAGCGGUGUUGCCUCACUACUUGGCACAACCGAGGUGGCGAUUGUUGAGGCUCCCGAGGAGAAGGGCCCUGCCCCUGGUGGCAUGGGGGGUAUGGGAGGUAUGGGAGGUAUGGGCGGCAUGAUGUAAAACAACGGUAAAGCCUGAUUCUUAAUUUCCUUGUACCAAAACUUUGGGCUAGGGGUAUUCGGCUUCGGUGUUACGACGUACGGAUACAUAUGUGGCCAUGUAAUCUCUCCUCUCUGCUCUCCCGUACACAUGUACCUCGUUGUUGUUUUGAUAUCCCGAGAGGCGUUGCAAGAGUUGUAUAAUAGUCUAGAGCCACAAAAUCACGCAAUAGAUUCUCUAUGUCGAUAUGAUUUUGACACAAUCAUACGUCUUGCACCUUCAGGCAUGA